CUGUCAGUGUCAAUAAAAUUUGGCCUGUUUCAUAAUCUUUUGGGAUCGGGAUAAAAAUCGAAAUAUUGUGCUGUUUUCAGCUUAAUUAACCACAUUAUGGCAGCGCUAAUCAAGUUUCGCCAAAUGCCUUUAAUGCAAAGGUGUGUUUGGAACCACUACAACAAGGUUAGCCGAACAAUUUCUACCUCGAAGAGGAAUAGUGAGACUGCAACGACUGCAUGUGAAACUAAACCAGAGGAAAAAAAUUGGGUUAGCUACGGGUUUGAUUACAAGAGCAAAGAAGAGGAUACCAACGUGCACCAUGCGUCGUUCUUCUUUUCAGUCACUCUUUGCUUAGUUUUUGGCGGUUUUGCUUGGGCGUACGCUCCCGAUGUACAUUUAAGAGAUUGGGCCCAACGAGAAGCAUUUUUGGAGCUACGCAGACGGGAGAAAGCCGGCUUACCUCCAAUCGAUCCAAACUAUAUUAACCCCCGAUCUAUUAGCCUGCCAUCAGAAUCAGAACUUUGUGAUGUUGAAAUCGUCAUAUAAACUGUUCAUCGACAUGUUCUUCUUGUAGGUAAAUAAAGAUAUUUUAGUAAAGUUUCA